UUUCUGACAAUAGUUACUUGGUCCUUAGGUGAUGAGAAAUCCUUUGCGGAUGAUGUUGCGGUAGAUGCUGAAGGUAAUGCAUAUGUAACCGAUGCCAAAGCUAGUAAAAUUUGGAAAGUUGGUGUCAGUGGUGAGUUAUUGUCUAUCCUAAGAAGCCCACUCUUCUCUCCAAAAGAGUGGUACAAAAGCGUGGUUGCAUUGAACGGAAUCGUUUACCACCCAGAUGGCUACUUGAUAGUAAUUCACACUUUCAGUGGCAAUUUGCUUAAGGUUGAUCUAACCAAGGGAGAGGAAGUGAAGUUGAUUGAGGUUGCUGGAGGUCCACUAACAUUUGGUGAUGGUCUGGAGCUAAUUUCUCCAACUAAGCUUGUUGUAGCCGGGAACCCUUCUGGGAGAUUGGUGGAGAGCUCUGAUGGAUGGGAGACGGCUUCUGUUGUGGCAAAGUUUAAGGGCCCUGCGCAUCGUUUGGCCACUGCGGCGACUGUGAAAGAUGGCAAGGUUUAUCUCAACCAUAUGGUUGGCAUGGGGUACCCCAAGAAGACACAUGCCCUUGUUGAGGCUGUCUUUUAAACUUGAAAAUGAACAAGCGAAUUGGUACAUGAACUUGCAGUUUUACAGGAUAUAUUUAAUCAAAUUUUCAUGCUGCAAAAAAUUGUUGGUUACGGGUUUUUAACUUUGUAUUAUAUCACAAAAUGAAAACCCCUUGUUAGUUUUUUUGAAUGAAAAUUGGUCUUUCUUUCCAGUUGAUUA